UAUUUUCGGGCUGCUGGCCGCUGACGUGCCCUCCAUCCCAUCCGCCUCACAUCAUCCUGUCAACCAGAGGUUACACCAGCCGGGAUUACGCUCGCAAAUAUGUGAUUUUGUACGAAUACUACAGCCAGUUGGGUGUCUGAGGUUGCAUGCGGCUAUCUACAAACUCUCACCGCUAGUAGCCUAAAUAAGAAACGUGUGCGCCGCCGGAGCAGCUUCUGCAUUUUCAAGGUUUCUUAGGUUGUUGGACGGGACAGCUGCAUCGACUGAGGUUCCCGGCGUAUUGCUCUACCUCCAUCCCUGCGAUGCUGCCCUGCCUGCGGAGAGUCCUGCGGCCCGCCCUCUCUUUGAGAGCCGGGGCGGGGUUGGCCACAGCCGGACGCAACCACCAAACACCCGCCAUAGCCCGGUUCGCCUCAGAGCCUCCUCUCUCCAUGCUGGUGCAGCGGUGUAACCUGGGCACACAUCCGCUGAAUGAGCUCGUGGAGCCCCUCGACUCUCCCCGGGGAGCCAAGGAGUUUAUUUACACUCUCCAUCCGUCUGAGCGAACCUGUCUGCUGCGAGAACUGCACAAGUUCGAGUCCAUAGCCAUAGCUCAAGGGCAGCUAGAAGUUGCACCACCUACUGCAGCAGAGUUAAGAUAUGUUCUACUGCACAAUGCAAUCCCAUUCGUUGGAUUUGGAUUCCUGGACAACUGCAUCAUGAUUGUUGCUGGCACACACAUUGAAUUAUCCAUUGGCGUGGUCCUCGGCAUUUCAACUAUGGCUGCUGCUGCCCUUGGCAACCUGGUGUCUGACCUGGCAGGACUAGGGCUGGCAGGUUAUGUGGAAGCCUUGGCGUAUCGGCUGGGAAUGCAGAUUCCUGACUUAAGCCCCAAACAGGCUGACAUGUGGCAGACCAGAGUCAGCUCCCAUGCGGGCAAAGCCAUUGGUGUUGCCAUCGGCUGUAUCCUCGGCAUGUUUCCACUUUUUUUCUUCAAGGACGAUGAUGAGAAGAAGAAGAAGAAAGAAGGCCAGAUGGAGGCGAAGGAGAAAACACAACCACCACCUGCUCCAACAGAGAACAGCAAAAACUGAAAAUGACAUCUCGCCAGAGACAAAUACUUUUUUGGAAUCCAUUAGAAUACUUUAAACUGGGACUGAUUGCCGUUGUCUGGUGGACUGGAGUGUAUGGAAAUGUCAUUGAACCUGUUACAGUCUAAUCACCGGGUACUUUACUUUGCAAGGCCCAGUCAAACUAUCAAAGGUAUUCUGAAGAGGAUUUUAGAUAUUUGAUUGUAGACUUUAAACUUAAGCACAGGGACCUGAUCAUCUCUUGAAGAGACAAGAAAUGGUUGAUUCAUUUGACCGCUGCUACUCCAACUAUUGCGCCGUAACCUCACCUUGUCUUGACUGACUGACACAGGCUGAAACUCAUUUAUCUCAAACUUUCCAUCUAAAACACACUGCAGUGGCCUCUUUCUCUCCUCUGCUCGGAGUCUGUUGAAUAUAUAAACCUCUGACUCUACAUGAGUAGAAGCUAGGUAAAGGUAGUUGACAGUUUGAGGGCUCCCUAAAAUAUCACAACUAACUUUGGUACCAAUGCAAAGGAAAAAAUAAAAACACUUAGAGCUUAUUCAGAAAAAAUUCCCAUACAUGGCAUUUUGAUGUUGAAGGUUUCUUGUAUAUUGGCAGAAAUUGUGAUAACUAAUAGAGGAAGACUGAACAAAGAGACAUGCCAAUGGCUCAAUUCAGCAGUGUUAAGCUGAGUCCUAAUCAGUUUUUAAGAGUGAUGAGCCAAGGAAAGGGUCACUUUUGCAUGCACCCUUCCACGUCAACUACAUUAUUCUUCAGUUUUACAAGCAUUUCUGCCUUUUGAUGAUGUCACAGUCUUAAAAAGUCCCGCCUCAUUCACACUCGACAACCAGUCAGCUGCUUUAGUGAGAAUCGGGUGGUUAAAUGUUACACCUGCUAGCUGCGCCUUUACUUCUUUAGAUUAUUUAUUUUUUUGUUUGUGUGACUUUAUUAUAUUAUAUAUUAUAUGAUGUGUGAUGAUCACCCAAAGCAAUAACAUGCACCAAAUGUCUCCCAUGUAUACUGGAAUAGGUAGGUGGCGUUCAACAAAAUCUUUCAAAGAGCAGUUUGUUACUUUCCUCUAAGCAGGAAGGAGACAAACACAGAGAGGCAGAGGGAGGAAGAGACCGAGGAGCUGCGGCAGAAAGAUAAGAAAUGCCAACACUGAACCACCUGAGACCUCUGUCCCAUUUGCUCCGUCCCUCUAGUUCCAAUACCGUUUGAUUUAUCACACACCUCUCCCAUGCAUGGUAAGCCCAGUGGAUAUUUUCAAUUGGACAGAAAAUGAGAUGAUUGAUACCCUGUUCCCAUUCUGUGGAAAGCUCUUACUGCUUUCUAACACAAACGCACAACUAAACUCUAUACCUACAAUUAUAUUAUAUUGUCUCUUCUCUACUGCCCUCUGCUGGCUGAAAUUGAGAGGAAGUUGCUAGUUUCUUUCAGUUGAGUUCAGUUUUUACCUCGAUGCUGCCACACACUUGCAGUUAUACAUCUUUUAAAGCUUUUCCUGUUUAGUGUUCCAGCCCAUCAAUGGCUAGUUGAGUUUCUCUGGCUAUAAUUGAUCCCUUACUCACUAUAGUUAUUUUUCUAAAUUAUUGUUCUUAAUUUGAUAUGCAAACCAAGUAAUCUGCAGCAUCAGCCAGCCAUGAAACAUGAAGGCAGAAAGGAUCUACUGUAUUUGGGAUGAUAAGACACUACAGUCCAUCCAAGUCUUAAUUUAGCAGUCACUGAUUUUCUAAUUCCUAAGAGUCGUGGUUGCGCAUCUCAACAGCAGAACUGAAGCCUGUUUAUGGCGUUGAAUCUGUUUUGGAAGUUAAAAUGAAAGGAAGCAGCCACGUGUCACUGAAUGGAUUGCAGAAAAUGUAUUUAUUUUUGUUAUAAUAUUCAGACUUGUAUUUAUGUAUGUUCACACUGUAUAUUAUCUUUAUCUCAAAGGACAAUGUUAAGAAUAGAUAUUUGUCAGCACACCUUUUGUUAGUAUAUUUCCAGCAGAAUUCUUUAACAGGAAGGACUUUGCAACCGAUCGCUCUAUGUUACAGUCCAUAACUAAACUUAUGAAGCAUACUCUGAAGACUUUCACCCUGUAUACGAUUGUUCUGGUUAUUUAUUAUGUGGGUAACAGUGAUCCUAAACAGUGAUAACAAUGAAGAAAAGAAUUGAACAUAUUUAUGUAGUUAGGAUUUUUGAUCUGAUUGCUCGAUUUCCACCUUGCAUGCACUGCUAAUAAAAAAACCUAUUGUACA